GUCGUUGCAAUGAGAUCGACCUAACCUGCGCGGACGCAGAGAGGACAGAUCCACCAGGCAACCAUCCCUCUCCCACCUCUGUGAUGGCUUCCGCCCCGUCGGCUCCGUCGACGGCGCCGUCACUGGUGGACACCCUCUUCCAGCGCUCGCUGGACGACCUCGUCAAGUCCCUCCGCGCCGACCCUUCAGCCGCCGGCGAGUCGCUGGCCGUCGCCCGCGCCCUCUCCGAGAUCCACCGUGAGAUCCGCGCCCCGGACGCGGCGACCAAGGCCGUCGCGCUCCAGAAGUUCACCUACCUCUCCUCCCUCCACUUCGUCCCCGUCGCCUCCCACCCGCUCGCGUUCCCCGCCAUCGAGCUCCUCGCCUCGCCGCACCUCCCGCACAAGCGCCUCGCCUACCUCGCCGCCUCGCUGUCGCUGCACCCCGCCUCGCUCUCCCUCCUCCCGCUCGCCACCCACCAGAUCCACAAGGACCUCUCUCCUUCCACCUCCGCCGCCGCCUCCCACCACGUAUGCGCCCUCGCGCUCCAGCUCCUUGCCUCCCCCGCCGCUGCCGCCGCGCCCGACCUCGCCGUCCACCUCGCGCACGACCUCGUGCCCCACCUGUCCCGUGGCAGCCCGCGCGCUAUCGCAGCCGCAGCGCGCAUCAUAGCCGCCUCCCCGUCUACUGGUGUGCCGGUCCUCUUCAAGCCGCUGGCUGCAUGUCUUGCUUCGUCCGACCCACGGGCGUCAACUGCGGCUGCGUCCGCCUUCUGUGAGCUGUCGGCGCCGCCGGCUGAUGUGGCCCCAUUCCUGCCUCUCGCGCCUGACCUUUACAAUCUGCUAACCACAUCCCGCUCCAACUGGGCGCUCAUCAAGGUGCUCAAGAUAUUUGCUAGGCUGGCCCCUCUGGAGUCGCGCCUAGCUGCGCGGAUUGUUGAUCCAGUCUGCCAGCUCCUCACUCGUUCAUCAGCCAUGUCGCUGACAUUCGAGUGUGUCCGCACGGUGCUAACUGCACUACCAGCGCAUGGUGCCGCAGUGAGCCUUGCCAUUGGGAAAGUCAAGGAAUUCCUUGCUGCUUCUGAUGAUCCUAACCUGCGCUAUCUCGGGCUCUUGGCACUUGGUAUGCUUGGCCCAGCAUAUGCAUCAACUGUCAAUGAGAGCCGUGAUGUGAUUGCCCUGUCACUGGGUGAUGCUGACUCAAACAUCCGUAGGGAGGCAUUGCACCUUAUGAUGGGAAUGGUUGAUGAAAACAAUGUCAUGGAUAUUGCUGGCAUGCUGGUCAGUCAUGCCGCAAGGUCAGACCCAGAGUUUGCAAAUGACAUUCUUGGUGCCGUCCUAGCAGCAUGUGGGCGCAAUGUAUAUGAGCUGGUGUCAGAUUUUGAUUGGUAUGUCUCACUACUCGCAGAUAUGGCUAGGAGCUUGCACUGUGCGCAGGGGGAUGAGAUUGGUCGCCAGCUUGUUGAUGUGGGACUUAGGGUGCAUGAUGCACGGCCAGAGCUUGUCCGUUCAGCUCGAUCUCUCCUAAUUGAUCCUGCCUUGCUUGGGAACAAUCUCCUAUGCUCUGUUCUUUCUGCUGCUGCAUGGGUCUCUGGUGAGUAUAUUGAUUGUAGCAAGGAUCCUGUUGAGCUUGUUGAGGCACUAUCACAGCCAAGGACUAGCCUCUUGCCAAUGUCAGUGAGAGCUGUGUACAUCCAGGCAGUACUUAAAGUGGUCACGUUCUGUUGCAAUUUAUAUGUAGAGAGUUCGAAUGAUUCAAACAAGGAAUCGGAUCUAGUGUUUGAUGAGUUAGCUGUUGAUCAAACUGUCAGUAGGGGAAGCAAGUCUGAAAUUCAACCUGCUGAAGAACAAAUCGUUAUGCCAGGCACAGCUAAAAAUGACCCCUUUUCAAACAAAUCAAUAGUUUACAUGAUUAACUUGAUUGAAACAACGGUUGGGCCCCUUGUUGAGUCCAAGGAAGUUGAGGUCCUGGAGAGGGCGCGCAACCUGAUGGGUUUUGUCCAUUUGUUAAGAGAGAUCUGGGAGUUGAAGGAAAGGAAGGUCAGUGAUCAUAACAAGCAUAAACGGGUCGUGGAGCUCAUUAAUAGUAUGCAAACAGUAUUCUCUCAGGAAUUAAGGCCUGUUUCUGUGAAUGCCCAGAAGAAAAUUUCCCUUCCUGAGGAUCUUGUCUUGCAUGAAAAUCUGUCUGAACUUGCUGACAUUUUAAGUGAAGAUGACACUAUUCUGUCAACUUCAAUCUCUUUUAUCUCUCGCAACUGUCAUUCUGUAGAGACUAGAGAUGAGCCUGCAGUAGUGUCAGUUGAUUCAUCUUCUCUUUUUGAGCACCGUAAACGACACGGGAUAUACUAUCUCCCAACAGGAAAAGCUGAGGAUGACGCAAAUAGCUACCCUCGUGCCAAUGAUCCUCUUCUUUCUGCUGAGAAUGCAAGUGCCAUGGAGGAUAAAUCCGAGACUGUCCAGCCUGUAUCUGCUGGGAAAAAAUUGAAGGCCAUGAGGUCCAGACCAAAAGUAGUGAAAUUGGAUGGCGAAGAUUUCCUAAGUUCUAUGAUGACUAGUGCAAAUAUUCUAAAGGCUGCAGAUAAGUCAGAAGUCAUGGGCAAAAAAAUGGACACUGGCGAAUCUAGUUCUCAAUGGAUACAGAACAUAUAUGCUGAUACUGGAAGCCUUUCUACUUCAAGUUCUAGGACAAGUAAGCAACCCGAUCUUACUAAAGAGAAGAGCACAAUACCUCUUGACAGUGAUAAGAAAGAGCCGAGAAAGCAUAGAACCUCUUCUAGGAGUGGGCAUCGUCAAGGAAAACAUACACACAGAGAAAGACCUAGUACUCAGCCUGAUGUUGCACCUCAAGCUCCGGUUGUUCAAGAUUUCCUUCUGUAGCUGCCGAGAUUUUUUUUGCUUGGGCGGUUAUACAUAGACGAAACCUGCAAAAGGCGUGACGACAAGGGGCAAAAAAAUCUUCAGCUAGUAGCGGUUGAAAUCUUCCAUCGUCGAAAAGGGUGGAGGCCUAUGGUAAGUCAAAUGUUGCAAGGUGGCUGUGAACUUGGUAAGUUUUUGAUGGUAGGACUGAGUUCUGUUUUGUUCUGUUUGAGGUCUUCGAGAAUUUAGUUGGCUCCUGUGGUGUUUUGGUUCUCGAGGCUGAGUGUAGCUGUAGGAUGGUUUGGAGCUUGCGAGGUCAGUCUGUGUGGCUUGUGCCACCUGACAGAAUGGGUAUCUUGAUGUGGAACUUGGUUGUUGUUCAGUUUUCAUGGAAAUGAAAAUUGGGGCGGGGAGCCCCUUGGGUCGAAAAA